AUGGAAGAGGAAGACGAACUCUAUGGAGACCUUGGAGAAAUAGACAAAAAAAACACUCCAGCUACACCCUCCACGAGCGCCAGUCCCAUGGUGGCAGCCUCUUCCAAAACCUCUUCACUGAAAUCCCCACCUCCAGGUUCCAUCAUGGCACAACAACUCGAAGAAAAGGUAAAGGCAUUGGAGGCAGAAAACCUGACAUUGAAACGAAACAUGGGCAUGUUGUACCGGACUGCCCGACGAGAAAUCGAUCGAAAAGACAGGCAAAUUGCAGAGUUGAUGGCCGAGCUGGACGAGACAAAGAAGAAAUCUUGA